AUGAGCUCUCACGCCUACACCCAAGAGCUCCACCUGGCCAGCCUCGCCGUCCAGCGAGCCGCACUCCUUACAAAACAAUUACUCUCCGCAGUCGACAAAGGCUCCUUGAGCAAAAGCGAUGACUCACCCGUGACGAUCGCCGACUUCGCCGCCCAAGCCUCCAUUAUUGCCGCGAUUCACCACACCUUCCCAGAUGACGACAUUGUCGGUGAGGAAGAUGCCACAGCCCUGCGCGAAGACCCUGUCCUCCUCGAACGCACAUGGGAGCUUGCCACGUCCGCCCACCUUGACGAUGAAGCCAGUGAGGCACUUCUAUAUACCCCACAAUCCCGGGAGGAGCUGCUUGACCUCAUCGAUCUCGGCGCUCGCGGGCAGUGCAGGCGCGGUACGCGAGCAUGGACACUUGACCCGGUAGAUGGUACUGCAACCUUCAUUCGGGGACAACAGUACGCUGUGUGCCUAUCACUUGUUGAGGACGGUCAGCAAAAGCUCGGCAUCAUCGGCUGCCCGAAUAUGGAUCUCAGUUCUGGGCGCGUGGCGGAGGAUCUCGUGGACCGCGACGGGCACGGGCAGCUUUUAACUGCGAUCGCAGGACAGGGAGCAUUCAUUCAGCCUAUGGGUACCGGUGCUCUUCUACCAGGAGAGCAGCUUGAGCGGGUACCACAGAUUACAGAGAGCAGCGAAGUGCAGUUCGUCGAUACACAGGAGUCGACUUCCCAACGACUGGAUCUGCAUGAGAAAAUCGCAGCGCACUUGAAGUGCCCGUGGCCGAACACGGUUGAUCUGUGGUCCGCUCAGAUGAGGUAUAUUGCCAUCGCCGUGCGUGGCGGGUGUAACUCCUUCCUCAAGGUUCCUCUGAAAGAGUCGUACCGAUCUAAGAUCUGGGAUCACUCUGGCGGGAUGUUACUUGUACAGGAGCUUGGCUGUGUGGUAACGGAUCUGGAUGGUCGACCAGUCGACUGUGGUCUGGGACGAACCUUGGCCGAUUGUCACGGCUUGGUUGUGGCGCCUGCUUCCAUUCAUGGCCAUGUCAUGGAGGCUGUUCGGGUCGUACGGGCAGCCAAUCAUUGA